AUGCAAACUAUCACAGACUACAACACGCUAAUAAACAAACUGGAAAAGAAUGAGGAAGUAGACUUCAUUAAGUUGUACAAAAUAGGCUUCACUACCUUUAUGAGAACUGCGCCUACUACAGAAGAAGUCUUCGAACAGCUGAAAAUCCACGUUCAUAGGGCUCAUGAAUUAACUCCACUCUAUUUAAGCUUGCUCUGUAGUGCUAAGGAAUUUGACAAAAUCUACGAAUUCCUAAGCAAAAUCAACUUGUCAGGCUCAGAGAGAGAAUACGACUAUUUCAACAGCAAAUGCAUUCGAUACUACUAUUGGGCAAGCAAGGAGACUGGAAAGCUGAAACUAGGGGAGUUGUAUACACUGCUAGCAACAAACAGAGAAUUUGGCAAUUUGUGUAGCAUUUUGGUUCUACAGAACUGUCUUCUUGACUACUUCAUCAACUUCAAUAGUGAGCUACUCAGUGAAGUCGUAUCCAACUUCACAAUGACUAGGGAAAUAGAGGCAGUGGCCGAGAAGGAAGAGGCAGCCCUGUUCUAUUUUUACACUGGUUACGCCCAUCUGGUUCUAGGUAAUUAUAGGCAGAGUCUACAGAACUUAGAUGAAGCUGACAUUCUGAACAGGAAGAAGUCGCUGGAAUUGAACAUCACCAAAUGUAGCAUUCUAUGUAAAUUGCUACAGGGGGAGUUGGACAUCAAAUACGACUACGAUGAUGAGUUGCUACCGUAUUACAAUCUGAUCGGAACAGUAAAAAGAGGAGAGAUCCAGAAACUGGAUGAGAUUCUUCAUAGCAACUUUGAUGAAUUUGUAUCAAAAAUGAAGUUGUAUUUUGUAGCAAGGAGACUUGUAGCAAAUGCGUUGAAAGAGGGAAUCAGAAAAGUGGCAAAUGCGUACAGUCGAAUUCGACUGGAAGACGUGAAUGGGAUAUUUGGGAAGGAUGUGAGCUGCCUGGUGCAUCGGCUGAUCACAGAGGCAGAAAUCAACUCAAAGGUUGAAGAUGGCAUUUUGAUCAAAAAUGAAAGUAGCCUGAGUCAGAAUGGGGGUAGAAGAAUCAAUGAUGCCCUCAAGCGCAUCAUCGACACCAGAGAGUUCAUCAAAAAGCAGAUGGUCUAUCCAGAAAUGCCUGUUUUGAACUACGAGCGCCUGAUGGAGGAAGAGAACGAAAUGAUCCAGAAAUUCGAUAUCUGA